GGAUACUACUCCUCCCACUCUACUAGGCACCAACUAUGGGGCAUUUUUCCUUCCACUAACACCAAUGAUGGGGCACAAGGUACUAUUCCUCCAACUAAUACCAAGGACGGGGCACUAUUCCUUCAUCUGACACCAAUGAUGGGGCACUAUUCCUUCAUCUGACACCAAUGAUGGGCACUAUUCCUUCAUCUGACACCAAUGAUGGGGCACUAUUCCUUCAUCUGACACCAAUGAUGGGGCACUAUUCCUUCAUCUGACACCAAUGAUGGGGCACUAUUCCUCCCACU